GUUUGAUUGUAUCGCCGACUGUGCAGAUGACGCACUGAGCUUCAGUGUGUGAAGAUGGCCCCCUUUCCGGACGAGGUGGAUGUUUUUACAGGCCCGCACUGGCGAAUGAAGCAGCUGGUGGGCCUCUAUUGUGAAAAGGUUUGUUAAAAUAAUUCGGUUGUCAUUUUUGUGUUUAUUUGCGAAGUUCGUCAUACCAGCGGACGAAAGAACGUCAGUUAGCAUGUCAGCUAGCUUGUGGCUGUAGCACAGACAAGCAGAUGAUUUAAUUUGAUCUUGUCACGACUUCACUUUAAUCGUCGUGGAGCUCAUUUGUUCCACUUAGUAUUUUCUUGGUCUUAUUUGAUUCCUUUAUUCCUUCAGAGUUUGUAAUAAAGCAUGUUGCAGUUCAAUAAAGUGUUAAUAACCCCCUCCAGUCCCAGCUAAGGCUUGCUAACUGGUUAGCUAGCUUAACUAACUGGCAACAUCGUCUGUUAUGCAACAUACUUUAAGUUUCACUACUCUGUUUUUAAUCUUCACUCAAGUCGCCUGUACCAACGGGAUUUUACAUUGUUACACUGGAGUGUAAAUUACAUGUUAGAUCGGCUGAGAUGUGUUAUGAUCAUGUAAAGAGGGUUAGCUUUGUAGAGAUACGCAGCUCCACAGUGACGUUAGCGUGUUGAUAUCACGUUAGCUGAGUUUAGUUCGCUGUCUCUUGUAUAUAUACAUAUAUAUAUAUAUAUAUAUAUAUAUGUAUGUAUGUAUAAAUAUAUAUAUGUAGUAUAAAUAAGUUUAUGUAAUGAUAUAUGUCCCUUGUCUGUUGACAAUGUCACAUUUCAAAUGCCAUGAAAUGUUUUUUUUUUAUUCUUUUCUUACAGUUGUCAAAAACCAACUUCUCCAACAACAAUGAUUUCCGCUCCUUUCUUCAGUCUCUGUGUGCCACCUUCAAGGAGUUCAAGAUGCAUGAACAAAUUGAGAAUGAGUACAUCAUAGGCCUGUUGGAGCAGCGCUGCUGCACUGUGUACAAUGUGCACUCAGACAAUAAACUCUCAGAGAUGUUGUCCCUCUUUGAGAAAGGCCUGCACAGCGUUAAGGUGAAUAUGUAUUCAUUGAGCAGAAGUGGAAAGUCAUUACAUCUACUGUAGUAACUAUAACUAUGUAAUCCUUUUGUACAUGUAAUCUUUCAUGUAACUCAAAAAAUCAGUACUUUUACUUAUGCUUAAAUAUUUUGGUGGCAAGUAUUGCACUUCUCUAUAUUUUACAAAGAAUACAUUGCCAAGUGACACCCCCCCACACACACACACCACUUUGUUUUAAGGGAAAACUUGAGAUUUUAUAUCUGGAGAAAAAUGGACUGAUGCAGUCUGAAGUGAGCUGAAAUGUUGAAUGAGGGCAGGGCAGUUUUUGUGAUCUGCUUAACAACAGAGAACAGUCAUUGUUCUCACUGAGCUCAAAAAUGGGCUUUCCAGAAUGAUGCAAUUGUGUAAAUCUGAACCUCCGCCCUGCGUCCGUCAGUUUGUAUAACAGAAGAAACUUUUUGUUGCUUUUGUAUUUCAUCCUGCGCACUGUCUCAUGAAGAAGAUGUUCCUCUUGAUCCAGAAAUACACCGCAUGGUUUUACUCAUUGGGUUGAACCUGAUAUUUGGAAUUUCAAAGGAUUUAACAGUGGCUUAUGCUGAAUAUUAAGUACAACUUUAUCGCAAAGUAAUCUUGGUAAUGAAAGCCUUUUAAAUUUCUGGAUUAACUAAGUCAUGAAAGGACUGUAAUGCUGGAAGUCUUAAAGUAAAAAAGUCACAACUAUCAUGGUUUUUGGUGAUUCCAUGAAUUAACAAUUGCUUUGUGUUUUUAGAGUGAAUAUGAGCAGCUGAACUAUGCCCAGCAGCUGAAGGAGAGACUGGAGGCGUUCACUCAAGACUUCCUGCCUCACAUGAAGGAAGAAGAAGAGGUAUAAGCUGUUAACACUUCUUUUUCUUGUUAUGACAUACACUUUUUAAAAUCAUGAUUUACUGCCAACAGGUAAGACAAAAUUUGGUCCACAGGCAAAAAAAAAGCUUAAAAAUGAGUUGAUCCCAAAUGACAUUUAAAAAAAAAUUUCCACAGCCAUAUUUAUAACUGAGAGAGAUUUGUUGCAGGUGUUUCAGCCUAUGCUUAUGCAGUACUUCACCUAUGAGGAGCUCAAGGACAUAAAGAAGCAGGUGAUAGCACAACACUGCAGCCAACAGCAAUGGGACUGUGCUGCUGAGGUGCUGAAGGGAUUCAGCUUGUGGAGCCAGGCUGAGGAGCUGCAAAAAGCCUUCAAAUAUGCCGAUCACGAGAAGACAGAUUACGGUAAAUGAGUAAACCCUGAAGUGUGGUCAUAAAGUACCACAGUGGAAUUUUUGAUUCUAACCUAAAGCUAUCUUUUGGCACAAAGUGAGCUGCAGGUAGAAGUCUACCUCUAGUGUUCAGUGUUUCUGCAAAGUCUAGGAAUCUUGCUAAACUUGAUAAGGAAGAAGUUUCACAGAACUCUAAUGUGGGAAUGAUUCUUGAGAGGAAACUAAGUAUUUUGUUAAACAGCUUUUGUGAAAUGUACAUUUCAUGAUCUUUGGUAUUUAUUCAGUCACUGGCAAAACUCUCGUUUUAUUUUCCUCAGAACUGGAAAAGAACUGGAACUCAUCUGCUCACAUCUCCCAGCUUCCCUCAGAAAUCAUGCUGAGGCUGUUCCACUAUCUUAGCCCUGAAGAUCUGUGUCGCUGUAGUCAGGUGUGCAGCUCGUGGUCAGAGCUGGCAAAGACUGGCUCUCUGUGGAGGCACCUUUACCCCAUACGCUGGGCUAGAGGUAGGCCGCUGUGAGCUGGUUAAACAAAAUGUUAUUAGUUUUCUGAAAAUAUUCCUGUGUAUGGUAUUUUUUUUCACAUAUAAAGUAAAAGUGAAACACGAUUUAUAGACAAUUGUGUCUCUAUUUUAGGUGAUUAUUACAGCGGUCCUCCUGAGGAUUUGGACCAGGAGCCAGAUGAGGAGUGGGUGAAGAGUCGACAGAAUGAAGGGCGGGCUUAUCAGGAGUGGGAUGAAGAUGCUGACAUUGAUGAGUCAGGUAAGGUUUGUUUCUUAAGGAUAAACAGUAGAAUUAGUAGUGUGAGGGAUUUGAAUGCAGCAGACAUUUAAGUGGGAAAAAAUGCCCAUCUGAUAGCUUUGCCUGUCUUGUUUUACACACUGUGGUAGCACUGUCCAACAAAAAUCUUACUCCACUCUCUAUAAGCAGCCAAGUGUGUCACUUAUUGUGAAUAUUUACUGUUGAAAAUAUUAGAGAGGCUUUUUCUUCAUUUUAUUUAUUUUCAUUUUUAGUUUUAACAUGUCAAGAUCUUUUCAAAUGUUCAUUUCUUGGCUAUGAUUGCAUAAAAAAAUGUGCUAAAAUGAUGGCUAGUACUGUUACUGUUUGUUAUUAUUGUGUUGAAUUUUUUUUCCUUGCUGAGUUUUUAUGUAUACAGUGGUUUAGACAGUGAGUUUAGAAAAUUACCCUCUACCAGAGACAGAAUGAGUACUUUAAAAAAAAAAAAAGCAAAAUGAGUGCAGUUAAAAGCUGAAAGAGUUAAAUUUGAUUGAAGUUCAACGAUAAAAGUUCUGUGUGAUAGAAUAUAAAUAUUUACCCACAAUCCCGAGGCUCUCAUGUGCUUUUGGUGUGAUCUUUGUUAACCUUUUAAGAGCUUGUUUUGUAAUCAGAAAGCUCCUCCCUCUAGGUGUCAAACAACACCCAUGAAGGUGGUUAACUGACCUGUAGUUGAGCUUAAGCUGUAUUAAAGGAGUCUUUCUUUGAGAUUACUGUUAGUUCUGUUCUUCAGAGUAAACUGUGUCAUCCCUCUGUCUGUUUAGAUGUGUCAGGCAGUAAACAGAGCUCCUCAGCAAUCAGCACGGCUCAGCGUGAGAAGAGACUCCUCAAUGGGAUUAUCCAGAACCUGCUGCCAGCUGUGGGUCCCUCAGUCAAGUCCAUUGUUCUGGCAUACAGCUCAACAGUCUCCAGUAAGAUGGUAUGAACCCUGUUUCUUCAUUUCCCACAGAAAUUGAUCAUCAGUUUAUGAUCAUGAAAUAAAGUCUGUUUGUGCUCCUUUCAGGUGCGCCAGAUCCUCAGUCUCUGCCCCAACAUCACUUACCUGGAUCUGACACAGACUGGUGUGACGGAUUCUGCAUUUGACAGGUUAAUAUGGAAAACCAUUACCGAAAUAUCAGUGAGUUGCUGCAGAUCCUGUUCAGACCCCAGAUUAAAUCCUCAUCCCUUUGUUGUUCUCUCUGUCAGCUGGUCAUCCCUGGGGGCCUGCCUCUCUCUGGAGCACCUGGAUUUGUCAGGAUGUGAGAAGAUCACCGAUCACACUCUGAAGAAACUCUCUGUUGGAUUGGGUGACAACACAUUUUCUGCCUGCUCUGGCAAACGAUCAAAGCUCCUCAAAAGUUCUCCAAUACCUAUUACACUCAUGGAGGAGAAAGGCUUGCAUCCAGUCGUGCGGAAACGUCAGGCUCUCAUUUUCAAGCAGGGAACAGGCCGUUGGGGCGCUGCCUGCACGCCCACACAGGUGUGGGUCCUUGACACCUCAGACCUGGCUGAUAUUGAGGAUGCUGCGGAGUGGAGUCGUCGCGGCGGGUUGUCUGUUCCCGCAGCAGAGAGCUUUGUAGAGACACAGCUUGUGGGAGGUUCAUGCUGCUGCAGGAGGAGCAGGAGGCGUGGGCACAGGACUGGCUCAAAUGCCUCUUACCUGCAUCAGCAGUUUGCCAUGUCUGGGGAAAUGUUUUGUGGUCACUCCACCUGCUGCACUAGUGACAUGGCCCUCAGGACUUUUACAGGGCCUCAGAACCAGUCAAGCAGCACUGCAGAAUUUCGGACUAAAUGCUCCUCAGUGGGCGGCUCACAGUGUGAGAAAAGGACUGACCAGUCAGGGGCAAAACGCUCACUGAGGUUUCUCAGCCUCUCUGGAUGUUAUCAAGUCACAGAUUUGGGCCUGAGGUAAAGAUCAUGUACUGUCAUUCUCAAAUUAGUAAGAAAAAACACGACCCCUUUACUCUAGAAAAAAAACAAAACAUAGGGAGAAAGUUGGAAAAACAUUUAAAAACUUUAGGCCAUAAAAACUAAAUUCAGUCAGGGUAAUGUGGGUAAAUAAAUUGCCCACACGUGACAUCAUCAGGAUGUCUUUCCCACCUACAUUUAUUAGUAGAAAAUUUGCUACAUGUUUUUUCGACAAGCUUUGAAGCAUGAAGUUUGGCAUUUUAAUCAUCAAAGUUAGUUUCUGGAGCCGUGAAAGAAAGCGGUUGUUACACCUCUUUUCUCCUUUUAAUAGACAAACUGGUGUUACAGCAACCUGCCAAUCACAAAGAGCUGGGACUCAGAAAGUCCACUGUACCUUAUGUUUAAAAAAAGAUUUAAAGUUAUUGAUGGAUACCAUGCAGUGUACCCAUUCACGAAGAUAACACUUACACCUGAAAAAAUGGAGCAGGGGCAACUCUGCUAGUUGCAUAAAGUUGUCAUUUUGUCUCAGUGUUGUUUAAAAAAACAGGUCCAGAUCCAAAUGAAAGACACUGUAUAUGUUGUCUAAAAUACAAAAAAGAAAAAAACAACCCAAUAUCGAAAAACUUUUUGUUCCAAACAGUUUAUUUGGAUUAUUUAGAUCAGUGGUUCUCAAGUCCAGUCUUCGAGGCCCACUGUCCUGCAUGUUUUGGAUAUUUCCCUGCUCCAACACACCUGAUUCAAAUGAUCAGCUCGUUAUCAAGCUCUGUAAUGGCUUAAUAACGAGCUGAUCAUUUGAAUCAGGUGUAUUGAAGCAGGGAAACAUCCCAAACAUGCAGGACAGUGGGCCUCGAGGACUGGACUUGAGAACCACUGAUGAAGAGCAUCCAUUUGCUGGAAUGAUAUAUAGUGAAGAUUUGAGAUGUGAUUUUAGAUGAAGACCCUCUUACUGCUGGUUUGAAAUGAUGUCUCUCUGUGUGUGUUUCAGGACUCUCUCGCAGCGUGGGGGACUUCCUGUCCUGGAGCAUCUCAACCUGUCGGGCUGCCUCUUCAUCACUGAGGACGGGCUGCAGGAGCUGGUGUCAGCCUGUCCCUCGCUCAAUGAUGAGCACUUUUAUUACUGCGACAACAUCAACGGUAACAUUCAUGAAGGAAACCGCUCUGGGUCUUAUUAUUGCUGUGAUUCACAAUGUUGCACAUGUUAAUGAUGUACAGAGUUCAGUAAAUAGGCUGUUAGACUGUAUAUGAUUAUGAUGUCAAAGCAAAUGUGAUGUGUGGUAACCUUGAAGUAUGACUAACCUGACCUGAAAGCAUGCGUCCCACUGUAAGUAACAGAUGCUGCUGAAGGUAAAAGGUAAGUAGGCAUUAUAGUAGCCAGUAUGAUGCCAUAUCAUUCAACUUCAUAACCACACUUAAAGGUCUGGGAUAGAAAAAGUGAGAAAAACAAACUGCAGUCUGUAAACCUUAAUAUUGCUUUUGUGUUUGUUUAUUAGACAACAGGGCAGAACAGGAGAAGAGCUAGAAUGUUCUCAGAAUUAUUUUUGUCCUUGUUGGCAAAGUUUCCUAAAUGAAGCUAUAAAGUCAUUAGGAAAAUGUUCAGUCAGCUGAUAAAUUUAAGUCAAGUUAUUUUCUCUCUACUUGAUGAAAUCGGACUUGUCUUUGUUACUAAUAGUGUCACAAAGUCACAGGAAUAUUUGGUCUCUUUUAAGUGGGUUUGUGUGAGGUACUUCGUUAAAGAGAGAGUAUUCUAUCCACAAAAGAUACCAAUCAGAGAACCAACACAGAAGCUAGGCUAUUGACUGCUGUUGAUAGAUCAACUCAAGCUGUGGACGACACCAGUCAUGUGACGUUUCAUCUUCAACACAAGUUGCAAUACUUAGGAGUGAAGCUGUGUGGUUCAUUCAAGUACUUCAAGCGUAGGAGCCCCAGUUUCAUGCACCCAACUCAACAUUUUGGGCUUAUUGUUUACACACCUGCUCCACCAAGUCACUUCAGAUCUCUCUCCAGUUAUCACAGGAGUUGAUCUUCUCACCCCUUGGGUUUGUUGAGUCCUCUGUACAGCGUCACUCAUUUUUAAUUUAAAUGUAUGUCCACAAGUAAUGCAAAAACAAAAGGGUAGUCUUAUUGCCUUAUUUUUCUUAUUUCCAAACAGGGUAUCCACUGACAUCAGUGUUUGGGUCAAAUAAUCUCAGAAAUGAAGUGAAACCAAGCAGUAAAAUCGCCCCCAUCUGCCCUGGCCUGUAAACUUUUUCAACAAAAUGGUCAAGCUGACCAAGAUUCUUUGCUACAACACUUAUUAUUGACAAGUACCUCAUAUAUCCCACUCUGAAAUAAAAUAAAAUAAAAUAAAAUUCUUUUUAAAAGCCCUUGACCCUUAUAUUCACUUAUAAGACCAAAGGCUGUAUCCACUAUUCCACUUCGAGCCAAAGUUUUUAAUUGUCCUGGAUCACGCUCUUCGUCAGAUGACCCCUGUGUGCUGUUUCUCUGCAGGUCCUCACGCAGACACGGCGAGUGGAUGCCAGAACCUGCAGUGUGGUUUCAGGGCCUGCUGUCGCUCUGGAGAGUGAUCCGAGCAGCACUCUCCUAAAUUGUCUCGUCUCCUUUUUAUUGCACUUUAUCCUGGGAAUACCGGUUGCUGUAUUUUGUGUCCCUUGGAAAUGUUUCUGGAUGAAACAGUAAAAUUGCUCCCGUUAUUUCCAUCUCCAUCUAUUAACGAAAAGUAAAUAAACUGUAGAAAAGUGAAGGGGUGAUAUUGAAUUGAAGUGUCUGAAAAAUUAGAUCAACUCUUGUUCGUUUGUUUUUUGAAAAUUAAAGGAAAAUCAAGAAUGGGAAAGACAAAGUACUUUGAGUUUUCUGUAGCACCGUUUUACCACUGAAAGUUCACUGAUUUACACAAAUCUCCUUUGACCCCUUCUGCUGUGCUUAGUUGAUCCAGUUAUAAUGAGGUUAUGGUAGACUGAGUGACGGUAGCACCAAAAAGUUUAUCAGCUUGAAAUGAUCAACAUACAGACCAUCGGAAAACUCUAAAACACCGGUUACCUUCCCUUGACGCUGACACAGACACCUUUACGUGAGACACCAGUACAGGACGAACAGAGGUAGGAAUCCAAACAUGAUGUUGCAGCGUAGUCUUAACCUUUUUGUGAUAAUCACAUGUUCAUCGUCACCAAACAAGCUUUUCUUCUUUAAAUCUUCUUUAUGCACUCCAGUGUUGUGGGCAAAGAAAUGGACCAAUGUUCAUCUAAGAAGAAAUUAGGGGCUCGGAUUAUUAACACUCAGAUUUGGGAGAAGCUCACUGUGUAGGUUUUAUGUCAUCUUGGCUCAUCUCGCUGCAGGAUUUGAUUGCUUGUUGAAAAAUCUUGCAUGAGGAGCUCUAAUGGAAAUGUUCAGUUCAUAAAUGGAACAAUAAAGGUCUCUUGGGGUUAAAUACUAUGUUGUUGGUCAUUUUGAAAACAGAGUAUAACAUGG